GUUCGGUAAGAAUUUUUUAUUCAAACAAAGUGUGGCCGGCGGCACACGCAUGCGCAGCUGCCAAAGUAGCAGAAGCAGAAGUACCUUCUUCUUCUUCUUCUUCAUUCUCUUCAUUCUCUCUAUCCAUCCGUAAGAUAUACCCUUAUCUGCUUCUGCUUUGCUUCACUCACUGACGCCAUGGCUCUUCGUUUUGAGAUUCUUGGUAGGUUCAACCGCGCACGUGCUUCUCGACUGACACUCCCUCAUUUUGUGUGCCAAACACCUUUAUUCAUGCCAGUUGGCACACAAGGAACAAUCAAAGGAUUGACAACUAGCCAGCUUGAGGAUAUUGGUUGCCAAAUAAUACUUGGAAAUACUUAUCACUUGGCCCUUCGACCUACUCCAGAGCUUCUUGACGAAGUUGGUGGUCUUCCCAAAUUUAUGAAUUGGCCACGGGCAAUGCUUACCGACUCUGGUGGCUUUCAAAUGGUUUCACUGUUGCAUCUUGCGGAUAUCACAGAAAAAGGUGUCACAUUUCAGUCACCAGUAGAUGGAAAGCCGAUGCUUCUAACACCUGAGGAAUCAAUUCAAAUACAAAAUAAAAUUGGAGCAGACAUCAUAAUGGCUCUAGAUGAUGUUAUAAAGACCACCACUACUGGUGCAAGAGUUAAGGAAGCUAUGGAACGAACACUUAGAUGGAUAGACAGAUGUAUAAAAGCUCACAAGAGGCCUCAUGAUCAGAACUUGUUUGGUAUUGUGCAAGGUGGUUUAGAUCCUGAGUUGAGGGAUAUUUGUGUUAAAGGUAUGGUGGAGCGCAAUUUGCCUGGCUAUGCUAUUGGUGGUCUUUCAGGCGGUGAAGAUAAAAAUUCAUUUUGGCGAGUUGUUGCUCAGUGCACCGCUGCUUUGCCAGAGGAUAAACCGCGAUAUGUUAUGGGAGUUGGUUAUCCACUUGACAUUGUUGUUUGUAGUGCUUUGGGUGCUGACAUGUAUGACUGUGUUUAUCCCACUCGUACAGCACGUUUUGGCACUGCUCUAGUUCCCGAGGGAGUGUUAAAACUAAAAAACAGAGACAUGGCUGAUGACACCCGUCCAAUUGAUCCUACUUGCUCUUGUAUGGUUUGCAAGAACUACACCAGGGCUUACAUCCAUUGUCUUGUGACAAAAGAUGCCAUGGGGUCUCAGCUUCUUUCAUAUCAUAAUUUAUAUUAUAUGAUGCAGCUCAGUAGGAAUCUCCACUCUUCAAUAGUUGAAAAAAGGUUCCCAAAGUUUGUAUGCGACUUUCUGCACCGAAUGUUCCCAAAAGGUGAUGUUCCUGAAUGGGUUUGCGAUGCUAUGGAAGUGGCUGGAAUCGACAUUUCUUCCUGCUGUCUUUCAUCAUGCCAAGAAUAUGAUUCCAAAAAUGUGUCAUAAGAAUUCAAUGAGGUAGAACUGAUUCAGACAGAUAGGCGGACAUGAAAGUUGCAGAGAUGGGAUAUAGAAAUUAGUUUAAACUAUCGAUUUCUCGCAGCAUAAAUUUUGCAUCCUACUUAUGCUGCUUAAGUAAAAGUUAGUAAAGGUUAGUAGUAAAUUUAGUUCUCAUUCAUCAUACACUUCUCAAGAUUCAUGUUGUACCUUAGAAUGAAUGUGCAACGAUUAAUAGAAUAGUCUUGAAUUUUGAUUCACGUAUUAUUUUUAUGAAUUACUACAAUUAGUGAGGUGUUUUCACUAAUGGGGGAAGUUGAGAAUGACUCACAUCUUUGAUUGUAUCUAACUCGGUCGCAGCAUUAAAUUAAAGGCUAAAAUAUGUUUUUGAUCCUUCGUCUUCAACUCAAUUUAUUUUGGUUCUUUGGCUUAAAUGCAGUUUUGCCCCCCCUAUUUUGCUUAACGCGGAAUUUUACCCCCCCUGUUUUAAAAUGCGGACUUUUACCCCCCCUAUUUUAAUUUUUGUUGGAUUUUGCCCCCCUUGUCAUAUUAGCUUAUGUGGCAGCGCUUAUGUGUAAUAUUUUUUUCCACAUCAUUAAUAAAAAAAAAUACAUAUGUUUCAAAAAAAAAAAAAUACAUAUAUUCUUUUGCAAUUUUUUUUGCGGUGCAUCUUUUUUUUUUUUUGUUACAAAUGGUGCAUCUUUUAAGCCUACAAAAUAGAAUGAAAAUCACAAAUCCUAAAAGUAGAAAACCCUAAACGUAGAAACACAAACGUAGAAAAGGCAACAACUGUUCAUCUUCUCAUCUAUGCAACCACUGUCCUUCUCUUCUCACCUUCUCAAACACAACACCUUAUCACCGUGUUGUCCUCACCAUUCGCCGAUUCUCCUCACAUCUUCGGUGAAAAUACAAGACGAAAAUGGAGAAUAACAAAGCCCUCAUUCAAGGUUCAAGUUCAAUGAGAUGAAGAUUAUAACAUCAAGCGCCUGUUACCCAUUGCUUAUGCCGCAGUAGAAGCAGAAACAAAAGAGUCGUGGCAAUGGUUUCUUAAUCUGUUACUUGAAGAUCUAAAUAAUGUACAACCCAAUCAAUAUGCAUUUAUCUCAGAUCAGCAGAAGGUAUAAUUUACAAGUGUCAUUGUUUAUAUGUAAUACUGAAUGUUCUUUAUUAUUUGCCGAUCAUAUAAUGGAGGAUUUAGCUAUUAGCAGGUUUUGGUAUUUUUUGUUGUUGAUGAACUAGGUUUUGGUAUUUACUGUAAUAUUGCAGAGUA